GCUGAUAAAAAGGAUGCUUGAAGAUCAAUGCGACCGCACUCUGACACCGAGCCUUACCAGCAUUGACUGACUACCUCGCUGCAUAACACGUGUUUCCUGGUGCCGGACAUUGGAUUACUGAGUGUUUUUCACAGGAAGACGUCGUCAAAGAUGAAUUUCAAAAAUUCAUGGAUUACACCAUUAGCCGCACUCCUGUUGCUCAUAAUAUUAUCCGAACAUGCAACAGCAGUGCCAACAAUACCAUCUGAAGGAAAAAAUCUUCAAGAUAAUGAAGUCGUUGGAGGAAAGAGCAGUUCUGGAGAUGAAGGAAACUGGAAUUUUAUGAUCAGAAUGAUAGACGAUUGUUCUGAAAAGGAUUUCUUGUCUUGCGUGGGAGUGAAGGUUGUAACAGCGUUGGACAGAGGAGCCAAAAUGUCUGAUAUACAGGUUAUUGAUGGUUUAUCACUAAUCAAGACUCAGGAUGUCGACGACGAGAGGAACGGCAGGGCUCUAUUAACGGAAGAAGAGCUUCAGAACUCUUUGGACCAGGAUCCGACGCAGAAAACAUCCAGACUGCUUGAGUACCUUGUGGAAGUCGCGUCCAGGUUCUUCAACAGCCACGCCCUCCAGUUCAAGUUACCUCAGUUCUCCCCCGACCAGGUCCAGAGGGCGCUCCAAGAGGCUCGUGGGAAAAAGAAAAUGAUGAAGACUCUCCUACCCAUUUUGAUGGGUAUUGGCGCCAAACUGUUACUCGUAAUUCCAAUUGGAAUUGCCAUCGUCGGCUUCCUGGCCGUCAAAGCUCUGGUUGUGAGCAAACUGGCCCUCUUAAUAGCUGGCUUCUUGGCUCUGCAAAAACUUCUCGGCGGCGGGGGAUUGGGGGCUUUGGGAGGUGGAAAGAAUGGCUGGUCAACUGGUGGUAGCUCCGGAUGGAACACCGGCGGAAGUGGAUGGAGCGGUGCCGGUACUGGUGGCUGGAGUACUUCCGGAAGCGGUUCAUCUUCUGGCUACUACAGGCGAAGUUUUGACAAGAGCGCGCCAGUUGAUGCUCAACAGAUGGCAUACAAAGCACAGGCACCACAGGACGUCAGCCAGUAAUUGAACAGGAACCUUCAAGUUUUCACGGCGAUUUGAAAUUUGUUUUGUUUUCUCAGUGAUGAAACUGUUACACAGAUGUUUCGUAGACCGGAAGUACGCAUAUUUACGUCAGAACGAUCAUUAAUUGCUUCAACUUAAAAUUUAAAACAACUAGGAUUUCCGAAAUGUCGGAAUGCUAGUUUAUAAAUUAACCUAUUUCAAAUUUUAUAAUGUAAUUAUUUAUGAAUUAUGCUGUCUUGCAAAACAUGCUUCUGAUUAAAUCAGUUCUUAAACAA